UUUUAUUUUAUUUGACAAAGUAGUCUGCCGCUGAAAAUAUUCAUAACUGUAAUAAACCCCUGCAAACACCCCGCUGACGGAAGCCGAGUAGUAACGUUAGCUGGACAAACUAGCUAGUUUGUGUGGUCGUCAUUCAAACAUAUGUGGGUUUUAAGGCUGUCAUCACUUCACCUGCAUAAUCCUAACAUCAAGAGCUGGAAGGCAGAGGAUAAAAAGGAAGCUGGUGACUGUUUUAAAAAAAAUCCAGUUUCCACAGUUCAUGCUAUACUCCCGAUAGACAUCAAUCAAGUGUCACAUAUUGGUGUUGGUUUGUAUUGUAUAUGGGUGGAGGGGGGGGCAGGAUAUUCAGCCCCCCCCCAAUUCUGCAGCCCUGCACGUAGAGUAGCACUUCCAUUAGAAUGUGUCGUGACUCUUAAUGCUCUCUCUGCCCACAGAUGUCUGUGGUUCAAACGGUGAAGAUCCUUGGACUCGGAGCCGUGGCCCUCACCCUCAGCGUGGAGUGGCUGGGCUGGCUCUUACGCCGCAUCUGGCCUCAUGGCCUCAGGAACCGGGGGCCCCUCAAAGAAGUGUUUUUCUUCCCCACUGAGGUGGCGUGCACGGAGCAUGUCUUCCAUCCUGACUCGCCAUUCCCCUGCCCCUGUCCUUUACCCCACGGAGUGGAGACCUCCUUCUCCCGUCUCCUGGGCCACAUUAUGUCCGCCUCCUCCUCCCUGGACUUGUGUGUGUUCGCCUUCACCAACGCCAGCCUGAGCCGGGCCGUCCUGGCGCUCCACGCCCGCGGCGUCGCCGUUCGCAUCCUCACGGACAUGGACUACACCCUCAUCACCGGGUCUCAGAUCGGGGCCGUCCGUAGAGCAGGUAUCUGUGUGAGGUGUGACUCCGGGGCGGUCCACAUGCACCACAAAUUUGCCGUCGUGGACGGCCGGCGCCUGAUCACAGGCUCCCUGAAUUGGACCCUGACCGCCAUCCAGAGCAACAAAGAGAACGUCCUGGUCACGGAUGAGCCGGACCUGGUCCGGCCCUUCAUCGCAGAGUUUCAGAGGCUAUGGGCCGUUAACGCCCCGCUCAGGAGGCCUCCGUCGCCCGUUGCUGAGAAACCCGCUAGCUUAGCUGUGUGAAACGGCUACGUGGGAUGCGUCUGCGCGGUAGCAAAAGAAUAGUAGUGGUUGUUUCUGGUUCACCGACAGAUGAUUAGUCUUUUUUUUUUUCUAUAUUUUGUAUUUUUGUAUUGUUUCUUUUUUUGAGAAGCCUGAUGGUUUUGUACUGUUAAGAAAAUCUGUAUGUUUGUCAUGAGGGUUAGGUUGUGCUGGUCAAGUAUGUGAUGUAUAUUUAGGAUACAGCGGUGUUUGUAUAUUUAGCAGCGUUACCACUGAGGUUGUCUGGUUUAGUCUUGUUGCAAGAGGCUGUAUCUUAAUACCUUUAUUUACAGUUUGGAAACCAGCUAUCAUUGUGUUUCAGAGGAAUGUGGCUUAAGUGUUUGUAUUCAUGUAGUUCUGUACUUCAGUAGAUGUUGUUUUUUGCGAGAUCAAUUCCACUUUAUGCUUAAAUGGGGAUGUAGAAUCACUUUGAUAUUUUUCACUUGUGUUUUGGAGUUAUUGACGUUGCUUAUUUUAUAACAAUACCUUUUUAUUUUUGUAAAAAAAAAAAAGAAAUCCAAUGUUUUGAUAAUAUAAAUACCAGUAGAAUAAAUAGGAAUACUUAAUGUGAACUCAGGUCCAUCUUUUAUGCCUUCUCAUUAGGAAUAAAGAAAAUGUUAGAUUGUUCAAAUGGGCAGCCAGAUUCUGACAAUUCCCUCACUGAUCUUUUGGUCUUUUGACCAAUCACAUCACAUCUCUCUUCAUGUCAGAUUUAUAUCGGAGCCAAUUUGAUUGGUCAAAAGACAAAUGUUGACUAGUGGCAAAGAUCAAAAUGGUGCAAGCGGACCCUCAGAGGCACAGAUGGUUAUCACAGGUAGUGCAUUGCAUGUAUUCCGAGAUCUGUAACGCUUCUCGCCGAGCACACAGCUCCAGUAAAAAACACUUUCAUCCAUUCUACUGCAAUCUGGCUGUACGUCCUGCGUCUCAGUGCCCCGGGAGCUGUGUGCCAAAUUACAUCAAAUUCCAUACAUUUGACCAGAGCCAACCUGAAGUCACACAGGGCUCUGCACAGAAGUGGUGGACUACAUAGAGAAUAGCCUUAGGGACAUACUCAUACUUAAGAUUUAUAUCAGUGCUUUUUGAGUGGGAUUUAAAUAGAAAUUCUAAGAGAAAAAAGUGAUCAUUUGAUAUGUAUUUUAAAAAUAUAUUUGUAUAUCCAGUGUUUCUAUUCUAAAAGACAGUGUCAACCCCCAUGGAGUGAGAGACAUUGCUAAAGAAAAUUCUCAUGAGACUUUUGCCUAGUUAAAGCUUGUUUGUACUUGCCUGAUCGAGUUGACACGCAGACCAAAAAAAUGCUAA